AUUUCUGUUUUGAUUUUUUUAUUUUAUGCUUGCUUAAUUUGUAGGGAACCUACACCAGAUCAAAAUGCUUCUGGUGAACCAUUUCGACCCGCUCCAACGAAUAAAAGAUUCCAGCAAACGCAGGCUCAAGUUAAUGAAGUUGUCGAUAUCAUGCGGGUUAAUAUGGAGAAAGUGCUUGAGAGAGAUGCAAAGCUUGCCCAGCUUGAUGAUCGUGCAGAUGCUCUUCAGGCCGGUGCAUCACAGUUCGAAGCUAGGUAUAUUUUCGGCGGCAAGAGUGAAUCUGCGCCUCCACCUUCACCAACUUUACCAUCAGGCCCUACCGUAGGUGGUAAGGAAGGGGGCGCGACCGUGCUACCUACAGAACCAACCUCAGCUCACCUUCCUGGAGGGCCCGGAACACGGGGUGUAGUGAACCCCAAAUUGGUUAAUUCGCACAGACCUGCAGCGGUUGCAGCCUAG